AGCAAAUUAUUGGCCUAUAAAUAGUUAAAUGCCACAGAAAAUUGAAUUCAGGACGUGGAUAAAAAAGAUUAAAUCAGAAAGAACAAAUCAAAAGAGUGACAAGCAUUGAAGGUGGAAUUAGAGUAUUAUUGAUGAGAGAAAUUGCAAAUUUGCAUGUGGCUUGAUUAAGAUAGCAAUUGUGAUUGAAAUUGUCAAAAGGAGUGAGUGAGGGUUAAGAAUCUGAAAUGGAAGAAAACGUGAAAUUGAAGGAGUCUCCGUUCACUGGACAACAAGAAAAGCCAUCUGCACUAAUCACUUAUUUGUACAUUGGCCACUUCUUAGCAAGAUGGGGUGCCAGAAUGUGGGAAUUCUCUGUUGGCUUAUACAUGAUCAAUAUUUGGCCAGAAUCGUUGCUGUACGCAGCAAUAUAUGGUGCAGUUGAAUCUGCCGCUAUUGCUGUGUUUGGUCCCAUAAUUGGAAGAUGGGUUGAUAAGUUGUCUUGUGUGAGGGUUUUGAAAUUGUGGUUGGUGACACAAAAUCUCUCUUUUGUUAUUGCUGGGGGCUCCGUAGUUGCCUUACUUGUCCACUCUUCUUUGAAGUCUACAAAUUUCUCCAUUUUCAUCUUGCUGGUGAUCAUAAUCAAUGUCUGUGGCGGCAUUGGUGUGCUUUCAACUCUUGCUGGUACAAUAUUGAUUGAAAGAGAAUGGUUGUUAGUUAUAUCUGAAGAUCAACCCCCAGAAUUGCUUACAAAAAUGAAUUCGGUUACGAGACGCAUUGAUCUAAGCUGCAAGCUGCUUGUUCCUGUCAUUUCUGGUUUCAUAAUAAGCUUUGUAUCACUGAAAGCAUCUGCUAUAACCUUAGCACUGUGGACUACUGUCUCUGUUUGGGUGGAGUAUUGGCUUUUCACAUCUGUAUAUCAUGGAAUUCCAGCUUUGGUGCAAAGUAGCCAAAGGAGAAUGGAAAGGCUUAUACAAUGUGAUAUGGAAAUGAACAAUCAAACUAUGGAGAAAGAUAGCUUGCUUCCUGUUACUGAUGAUGGCUCAGAAUUGGCAGAUAGAAAAGCCAGAAAAAAAAUUUCUGAGAGGAUUUUAGAGAUUCCCUAUAUUGCUGCAUGGAGAGUUUAUUUACAACAAGAAGUUGUCCUUCCUGGACUGGCUCUGGCUUUGCUAUUUUUUACUGUACUCAGCUUUGGAACUUUAAUGACAGCUACCUUAGAAUGGGAAGGAAUACCUGAAUAUAUUAUUGGAAUAUCAAGAGGAAUAAGUGCUGUGAUUGGAAUAGCUGCAACAGUUGUAUACCCUGUGCUACAGUCUCGUAUAUCGACCAUUAGAACUGGACUUUGGUCUAUAUGGUCUCAGUGGAGUUUCCUCCUUCCAUGUGUGGCUGCAAUAUGGAUCCAAAAUGGCUUUCUAUCAUCAUAUAUUUUGAUGGGAAGUGUAGCCAUAUCGCGGCUUGGAUUGUGGAUGUUUGACUUAUCUGUACUUCAACAAAUGCAGGAUCUUGUUUCUGAAUCCGAUCGUUUGAUUGUUGGAGGUGUUCAAAAUUCGCUUCAGUCUUUGAUGGAUUUAUUGGCCUAUGUUAUGGGAAUCAUAAUAUCUGAUCCACGGGACUUCUGGAAGUUGACUACAAUAUCUUUUCUAGCAGUCACAUUAGCUGCAUUCCUCUACUGUAUCCACACAUACCAUGCACGAAAGCACCUCUUCCACUUUGACCAAGUAUUGUGGGGUAAAUGUUUUGUAAGAGCAUCUUAAGUUGUGAAGUUCAAUAUUUUUAGAUACAAUUUUUGUAUUCACUUUUCAUAUCAUUUGAAGAAAGAGUUUGAUUUCUAUACACUACCGGCGUAAAGGAUUUUUAUACAGUUAACAACCAAAAAUCAUGGAGGGUAGUAUCAGACUUGCACUUAAUGGAAUUAGAUCAUCAUUAUCAUCUUACUUCAUUUGGUUGACAUUUUAAGUUGAUCUCGUGCCAAGUGCAACGUGAGUGAUGCUAUUGAGACUGUUGACAUGACCCAUGUGAUGAGAGGUCAAUUAAUAACAAUCAAAAGAUAAAGAUUAGGACAAUGAUAUUUGAAUACGCCAACAA